AUGGCCGCCGGCGAGGACUGUGGGGACGGGCAUCAAGCCCGGCAGUACGUGUUCCUGCUUCCAGGUAAACACGGCCGCCGCGUUGAGGCGGGGGUGGGGGUGGUGCACCGAGCCCGGGCUCAGGGCACCGCGCUGUCCGGCGGAGAGCGCGCGGAGCAGCCAGAGGGGCCCCGCCUGUGGCAGCCGGGCGCGCCUCCCUCGGACUAUCUGAAAGAUGCUUCAAAGAAGAUGGAAAGUGGGCUUAUGUUUGUAAAAUUGGUUAACCCAUGUUCAGGGGAAGGAGCCAUUUAUUUGUUCGAUAUGUGUCUACAGCAGCUGUUUGAAAUAAAAGUUUUCAAGGAGAAACAUCAUUCUUGGUUCAUAAAUCAAUCAGUUCAGUCAGAAGGUCAUCUCCACUUUGCUACCCCAAUGGAUCCUUUAUUUCUGGUUCUCCAUUAUCUUACAAAGGCUGAUAAAGAGGGAAAAUUCCAGCCUCUCGAUCAAGUUGUGGUGGAUGACUUAUUUCCAAAUUGCAUUUUGUUGCUGAAACUUCCUGACCUUGAAAAGUUGCUUCGCCACGUGACAGAGGAAAAAGAAAUAGACAGCAAAAAAUAUUAUAAGUACAGCAAGGAGAAGACACUAAAAUGGCUGGAAAAAAAGGUGAACCAGACUAUGGCAGCAUUAAAAAUCAAUAAAAUAAAUGUUGGUGCCCGAGUCCAGUCUGCUGCAUUUUGCUCAGCUGACCAGGUUUCCAGUGAUGAGGAAGAGGAUUAUAUUCGUUAUGCCCAUGGUCUGAUAUCUGAUUACAUUCCUAAAGAAUUAAGUGAUGACUUAUCUAAACACUUAAAGCUUCCAGAACCUCCAGCUUCAUUGCCAAAGCCUCCAUCAAAGAAAAUAAAGUUAUCUGAUGAGCCCGUAGAAGCAAAAGAAGAUUAUACUAAGUUUAACACUAAAGAUUUGAAGACUGAAAAGAAAAAUAGCAAAAUGACUGCAGCUCAGAAGGCUUUGGCUAAAGUUGACAAGAGUGGAAUGAAAAGUAUUGAUAGCUUUUUUGGUGCAAAAAGUAAAAAAAAGAUUUGA